AUGGCGGAACUCAGGGACACAAUUGGUUUUGAGUUCUCUAUCUGCUCUUGGCUACAGAGGUGGAAGGUCCAGGUGUCUUCUAGUUUGGCAGGGAACCAGCACAGCUGUAGACCCAGCAGUAUGGCACAAUUUGCUCUGUUCCAUCUAGGCAUGGUCCAGUGGUACAUGGUGUAUUUACUAUCUCAAUCUUCAAGUCUUCAAAUUGAAUAUAUAACAUUUGGACCAAGCUUGGUGAUCCUCCCACUAGACCAGUAAGGAUUUACCAAACGAUGUAGGACACCUUGGUCUCUGGGAAAGGGGGGUGCUGGACACAGAAGCACUGUUAUGCCAAUUCAUAUAGCCUUCCAUUGCUGAUCAUACCCACAGGUUCUGACCACAAUGUUAUACAACAUUAGUUUUUCCAAAAGUCUGUAUUGUUUAUGUGUAAUGUUUGGCAUGAUGUAUCUGCUGUGAAUGUAAUUUUUCCUACCUUUCACACACAGGUCUGCCAGCUGUGUUCGUAUCUGUGUGGGCAAGUGUGAGAGUGUCUCUGGCAGAUACACAGUAUGUACAACACUCUAUAAUAUACCUUUAUAAUCUAGCUGACAAAUCAUCUUGGGAUCUGUAUUAAAGGAACACUGUACACGCCAUAAAGGCUUAAUCUCAUUAAAGUGGUUAUAGUGUCUGGAGUCCCCUGGUGCCAUUCUUCCAUUUAGCAUAAAUACAUAUUUAAUUUUAAACAAGAGUGCACAGUGGCACAUCCCCUCUGUACUGCUUGGGUUAAUGGGAAAGUACUGGCCUGAGCAGUAAUGGGCGGCUGUGAUUGGCUGAGAGCAUCAGCUGACCACAGGCCACCUAUCAAAGCAUCAAUUGCUGGUAUGAAUACAAGGAAGUGUGUAAACUCUGACUUAGCCACACCUCCAGUAGGGGUGGAGCUAGAGGUAGCCAAAGACCCUCAUUCAGUGUUAACAUGCUGGAAAAUGGUUUAAUACGAUUGUACGUACACUGCCAGGGUACUCCAGACAUUAUAACCAAUUAAUUGUGAUGAAAGGGUUAUAGUACCUAUAGAAAUUUGUUUAUUGAAUAAAUGUAAUUACAAGGAAUGCAGAGCAGAACUGUCCUCUAGCAACUCCCCGCACUAAUUAUACUAAUACCAGGGUUUAACAUUUUACCAAAUAUUUUUUUCUUCCUAUUCAGGUGCUGGGAUCUUAGCGCAGGCCACAUGAAAUUAAUUUAUCAGAUGCCCAUCCUGGCUGCCAAUCUGGUAUGUGAACAUGUGACAUUUCACAAUGUGCAUAUGUCAUAGGCGUGUGAGCGAAAUUGGAAAAAUAAAUUCACUAACCCAUCACAGUGUAAAUAUACUAAUGGUAAAUGAAGUUGUAGCGAAUUACUCUAGAUGUAUGAGUUAAUUCAAGUUGAAGCGUAACGGACAGGGCCGGACUGGCCCACCGGGAUACCGGGAAAUUUCCUGGUGGGUCGUCGGCACUUGGGGCCGGGCAGGCAGCCGGCUCACCUGCGGCCUUAGAGGGAGCACUUUCGGCGGCCGCAGGGUUUGCUGGCUGUUCUGUCUCUGCUCCCCCUCCCCAGCGCGCCGCUUAAUGAGACCGGGGCCGGAAUAUGACGUCAUAUUCCGGCCCUGGUCUCUUUGUAGUGUGCUGGGGAGGGGGAGCAGAGACAGAACAGCCAGCUCCCCCUGUGGCCGCAAGAACAGCCAGCAAACCCUGCGGCCGCCAAAAGAGCUCCCUCUGUGGCCGCCAGAACAGCCAGCAAACCCUGCGGCUGCCAUCAGAACUCCCCAUGCCAGCACACAGGUAGAAAUUAUGUCACUGUGAGUGUAUAUGUGUGUGUGUCUGUCAUGGUGUGUGUGUGUCUCUGUCUGUCAUGGUGUCUGCAUCAGUCUGUCAUGGUGUGUGCGUCUGUCUGUCAUGGUGUCUGCGUCUGUCUGUUUUUACUCACCUUUUUUUCCCCCACGUCGUGCUGGACUCCCCUCGACUGGCCCUGCCUCUACGGCUGAGAUUAUCAAGCUUGAUGAUCUCAGCCAAUCCGCACUGACACAGGAAGCACCUCUAGUGACCGUCCGAGUGUCUAUCACUAGGAAGCAAUGUAAACACUGCAUUUUCUCUAAAAAGUCAGUGUUUACAUUGAAAAGCCUGCAGGGACAGGCUAUAGACACCAGAGCCACUACAUUAAGCUGUGUGUGUGUGCACACAUGCUAGUGCGUGCGUGCGUGUGUUUCUGCUACUGAGUGAGCUUGUGUUUUUAUGUCAAUGACCUUAUGUAUAUCAGUGAGAUUGUUUGUCUAUGAGGCUGUGUAUCAAUCAGCUUGUGUCAGUGAGAUUGUCUGUGUCUGCAUGUGAGUAUGCUUACUUUAUAAUUAAAAAUUUUACUCUGAAAGGACCAAUAUUUUAUAUUGGAAAAAGCAAUAUCUAUAUAUAUAUAUAUAUAUAUAUCACUCAAUCAUCUAGGGUGGCAAGACAUAGCCUUACAUAUUACACGCGACAAUAUAUGGCGCAAUGACUUAUGGGGCUGGCAUAGAUUUUUUUUUUCCAGGGCUGCUUUGGAAUCCCCAGUCCGGCCCUGGUAACGGAGCACACUGGUAUUUAAAGAGCGUAUCUAAAUCUGAAAAUUAAACUUUGGUUUGGUUAACUGCAACAAACACAUUCUGUCCAGAGUGUCUUCUUUAAAUCUACCUAAAACUUUUUAAUGUUUUCUCUUUGGUUUUUAUUUUCUAUUUUGCCCUGUGAACCCCUUAAGGACCAAACUUCUGGAAUAAAAGUGAAUCAUGACAUGUCACACAUGUCAUGUGUCCUUAAGGGGUUAAAGGAACACUUAAAGUGCUGUAGUGGUUAUGGUGCGAGGAGUGCCCUGGCACUCCCCACUGUUUGCAGAGCUUAGCUCAUUUCUUCAUACAAGAAAAGGAGAGGUUGCGAGUGGUGCCCAGCAGACUGUAUGACACAGUGGUUAUGGUGACUGUAGUUUGUGCUUAAUUUACUCAUGUGAUAAAAUUUUCACUUCUCCACAUUUUCCAGUUUUGCGAAGAUUUUUCUGACCAGUAACAUUUUGCUCUUGAAGGUGAAUUUUUUCCUGUUUCUGAACAUUGUCAGAGUUUUGGCCUCCAAGCUAUGGAAAACAAACACUGGGAAAUUAGAUCCGUGCCAGCAAUAUGGGUAAGUCACUAGCGUGCAGAGACCACCGCAGGUCAAAGUUGAUUCAAUAUAGUGUUAGUUACUUCGACCCAAUUAAUAUAAUCCUUUAAGACUGACAUUAACAGAGGAGAGCAAAAUGUGAAUACAUCUCUCCACCGUUCCAAAAUAAUAUUGUUACAUGCCUACUAUGGAAAUACAGACUUGGACUUGUCCCUUUUUUAAUAUCUGUCCCUGUCUGUAAUACUUUCUGUAUUUACCAUUGCCCAUUUAAAUGCCAAAAUGGGUUACUUGUUGUAGGUUAAAUACUGGCUCCGUAAUAUAGAGAGGCAUACUAAAAUUGGAGCGGACAGAAGAAAUAGAUUUAAUGGUGACUGCUCCACUUUUAGUUCGUUGUCCUGGAAUUCAAUAAACAGGGAUAUUCAGUAAAGUGAGAAUUGCUGGGACUCGAGUUAUUUUUCAAUAUAAGAAUUGGCCUCCAGUGGUGGCCCAUCCAUAGCGGCACUUGGGGGCCAGAUAAUUGUGAAUUAAAUAAUAGUCAGUGGUAAAAGUGUAGGACUAGACAUUUUCUUUUUUUCCUCGGGAGAGGGACCACUUCUAGCUUGCUAUAAGCUUUUUACUUUAACUUUAAAAUAUGCAAAUUUGCACUUUCACAUAUCUGGUAGCCAGCCACUCGAGGUGGAGUUAACCCUGCAAAGUAAUUAUUGUGGUGUCUCAAUAAGGGGAUAGGGGAACUGCACGCAGACCACUUCAAUGAGAUUAAAAGACCAUUAUAGUCACCCAGACCACUUCAGCUCAAUGAGAUUAAGUGGUCUGGGUGCCUAUCGUGUACCUUUCAGUCAAGUGUCUUAUUUUCACUUUAUAAAGGUUCAUGGUGUUGAAAACGCAGUGGUGAUGUUCAUUAGGUCGGGAGUGCAGAACUUGCAGUUAAAGGACCACUAUAGUGCCAGGAAAACAUACUCGUUUUCCUGGCACUACAGUGCCCUGAGGAUGCCCCCACCCUCAGGGUCCCCCUCCCACCGUACUCUGGGGAGAGGAAGGGGUUAAACUUACCUCUUUCUCCAGUGUCGGGCGGGAGCUCUCCUCUUCGGCUGAAUGCGCAUGCGCGGUAGGAGCCGCGCGCGCAUUCAGCCAGUCCAUAGGAAAGCACUCACAAUGCUUUCCUAGUGACGCUGGCGUCUUCUCACUGUGAAAAAUCACAGUGAGAAUCACGCAAGCGCCUCUAGCGGCUGUCAAGAGACAGCCACUAGAAGCUGGAUUAACCCCAAUAUAAACAUAGCAGUUUCUCUGAAACUGCUAUGUUUAUAAAAAAAAAAAAAAAGGGUUAACCCUAGCUGGACCUGGCACCCAGACCACUUCAUUAAGCUGAAGUGGUCUGGGUGCCUAGAGUGGUCCUUUAAAUAGGUCAAGAUAUGGAGUUUAUGGAGGAGGAGGGGUUACAGUUCACAAAGGCUAGCUUAUAGUCUUGUAAUGUUGUAUGUUGUUGCCAUAGGAACCCCCUGCCCAUUUCUGCAAAUUUUGUCACCAACAAAAGUAACCUUUUUCACACUUGUUUAUAUAUACCUGUGUUCUUGAUAUUUCAAGUUUUAUUGGCUUUUUAUAGGAAGCUCCUGAAGUCCACGCUGGUCCUUAUGCCUCUUUUCGGGGUGCAUUACGUUCUGUUCAUGGCAAUGCCUUAUACGGAGGUUCAGGGGCUCCUCUGGCAGAUACAAAUGCAUUACGAGAUGUUCUUCAACUCCUCCCAGGUAUACAACAGCAACAUAACCACAGACGCGAUGCAUGAUUGUGCACACCCCCAUUCUAUCUUAUUGUACGGUUUCAUAUAUCUUGGCUCAUUGCUGCUGUAGUGGGCUUAUGUUAUUUACAAUCUAAUCACAGGGCAGAUUAUUUAUAAUAUUCAUAUUCUAUUGUGAAAGCAUUAUGUAUAAUAUGCUUAGUAUCUGCUCCUAAAUACUACAUAGAUCACCAAAGUGCGUCCUCGUUUGCUUGUUAUACCAGUGUUCUAAAUGGGGUUCUAAAUUGUAUCGCUGACCCUUUGUUGUAUGGAUGAGGAUUUCUGUGAUUCUCAGACGCGGGAGGUGAUUUAUUUUGCUUUUUCAAACAUAUCUUUUCCUUUAUCCUUCAUUACGAAACCACCUACUACUCAAUACAUCUGAGGAUAAGUUAUAUCUUUGUGAAUAGUACUGGCAGAAAAUAAUUAUAUUUCAAGACAGUUACAUACAAAAAGGGGAUGGAGCGUGUACGGCGAUGGAAAGCCACCACAGCUGUAUCCAGUACUUAAGGAUUCUUUAAUCCUGCACUAUAGAUUAAAGUAGUCUGUCUAUUUGUGCCCCGUUUCAAAGCAUUGCAUCACGACAAAUCUAGAUGCACAAGGCUUACUGCUGGAAACUUCUGCCAUAAUAGUCUAUGUUGAGGCAGUCAAUAAAAAAUAACAACCACUGCUUGAUCUAUUCGAUGGCCAGACCUGGAACUUCAGCUCCAAUAGUCCCUACUUUAAUCUAGCCCUGAUAGGCUGUGGCACUUGGUCGUUUGGUACGAGUUCAAGGUGAAGUUGCCAUUAGUUUUUUUUUAAAUAAUACAUGAACAAAGACCAGACCUAGAGUGUUCUUUUAAUUUAUCUUCCUUAUGUCCCAGAAGAAUGGGCAGUAAAAUUUAAUUUUUAUGCCAGCUCUAACUGCACACAUAUCUGCGGGGGGGAGGGGGGGAAGGGAGGGUGUGUAAGUUACUGAAGGGGUUUAAACCUGAACAUUUCUAUUUCCCCAGGGAUUCUUUGUGGCGAUUAUCUACUGCUUCUGCAAUGGGGAGGUGAGUGAUAAAACGUAUGAUAAACUCAGAGCUGCUAUUUUCAUGUCCAAUACACACACCUCCCUCUGCUGAGCUACAAGCUCAGAAAUAGUAUUGCAUAAUAGUCCUGCUACUUGCUGCCACUUCACAUGUCUAACCCCAUUCUUCAGGACCGGAUGGUAUGUAUUCAAUAUAACACUAAACUGCAGUGAGCUGAAAGCCAAAAUCGAUCACAACUGGAAAAAUUCUAUAGCAGUCUAUUUCUACUCUCCAGCACAGAAUAUGACUGGUGGAAGAACUGUACCAGCCGGGAGGCUGCCGAGUAUUUCUGCCAGUUCACAUUUGUUAGCUUGGUAUGUUAGUACAGACUUAUGUAACUGUGCUAGGUCUCCUGCUACUGCAUUACUGUCAUAUAACAUCUUUUUCACACCUCUGUGCUAAAUUAUGUAGCUAUAGUUAUCUAGCAGCACAUAGCUAUUACCCUGCGAUCUAACAGAGCAUGCCGCUGCUGCCUAACACCUAUUGUCCAAUCUAUCAAAAGAACAUCUCAGAAACCUUUCAAUAAGCCUCACAGUUCUUGUCAGCUCUCUACAGCACAUUCAGCAAAAAAAAAAAAAAAAACUGCCUAAAGAAGCAUACAUUUUGUUAUCCUGUUCUCCUUCUAGGUACAGGCUGAAGUUCGCAAGUUCUGGUUUCGUAGGAGCUUGUCCGUGGACCUCAAACAAAAAUCCCGUGUCACCAGUACAGGUGGCAGCUGUCACUACGGCGCCGUUUUAUCUCACACCACGAACAGCGUCUGUCUGAGCAUGGCGGCCAGAGGAAGACAGCUGUCAGCGCCAAUCCAUUCUACGUCCUACCUUCCAGGCUACAUCACUAGCAGUCCUCCAACUGACAGCACUCCACAGCAUGCCGGCAUUAGUAGGGAAGGGCUUGAAACCCACACACCAACAUGA